GCAGGUCACCCGUGUGAGUGACACAUAAACUCCGCCCUCUAGGUGGCAGCAGAACGAUAACCGGCGUUUAAUCAAUCUGCCAUAAAAGCCAAGAAGAAGUUCUGUAUGUUUAUCAACCCUCGUUUUUUUCAUUUGUUCUUCUACAGGUAAUGUUACUGUGGUAAUGUGUGCUAUAUUUUGUCAUUGUAAGUCCUGCAGUCUCCUGAAGCUUCUCUGAUUUGCCUUGCAAAAAGUAUUACACAACAGCGAGGCUGAAGUCCGCUUCUUGUUCUAAUUUCCGUUCCACCUUAAAUGGUGCCGCAGGUACAGCAGUUACAUUGUGGCGCCUGAGGCGUUAUAGUGAGAACUGCUAUGCCAUUUAAGGUGGAACGGAAACUUCAGCUUUGUUAGGCAACACAGAAUCAGUGCACAGUGAAGUUCUCGUUUACAACUGGACUAGUAGAGCUGUCACUGCCCCUGCCUUAACCCAGUUUACCCAGUUCAUCCUGUCUACAUGACCACCACUUGAUGCUGUAGAUGGAGGUUCCACUACUGAAGGGUCUGAGUCCAGACAGGGACGUGCCUGAUGCUGUGAGAUGCCUUAUUUGCCUUAAUAAAUUCAGCGGUCAGCCAGUGGCCACUCCACAGCAGUGUGAGCACCUCUACUGCCUUAGUUGCAUUACUGAAUGGGCAAAGACAACAAAUUCCUGUCCUGUGGAUCGACUAGAAUUUAAUAUCCUUUACCAGAGGACCUGUGUAGGAGGCAGUAUUCAAAAAAUAGUUAAAGUAGAGCCCCCUCAGAGACGAGCGUUAGACAAUGAUGAAGCUGCUGAUGAACUGAGUGUAUGUGAAGAGUGUGGCAGGAGUGACCGAAGGCACCUGAUGCUGCUCUGCUCUGCCUGUGACUCGAGGUACCAUAUAGGCUGCCUUAGCCCACCUUUGAGCGCAGUGCCGUUUGAGGAUUGGUUCUGCCAGGAAUGUACUACUGAAAGCAGUCUGGCAAAUGGUGGUCUGUCUAGAGAAGAGAGUGAGAUAGAUGAGGCUGAAAUAAUGGAUCUGUUGGCUGAAGUUGCCCCAACAUCCAGUCGCCUCAGACCGCCCACUAUAAGACAGCCCACUGUCUGUGCUCGGAGAAGUGCGAGGGUCCGGCAGCAGAGCAGCAGAAGGCCCGCCAGUCUGUCUCAGCAAGUUCAGCAUGUGCCCAGAUACCUUUUAAAACUGACCUGUCCCGCUGAUGGAGAAGAUGCCAGGACAGACAACCUUAUAUUAAAGACUGAAAAAUCAGACAAGCCAGUCACUUAUAAGAGGAAAAGAAGACACAACACAGAUAGAUAAAGACAUUCCUUUUUCAUUUUCCAUGUCCUGUCUGAAAACAUGUCAGGGUUUGUAAUGUGUCCAAAUUUUAAUGGAUUGUUUGGCCAAGAUGUUUCAUGCAGCUGCUCAUAAUGGCCACAUGAUGGCAGCAUUUAACUUGCAUAAAGCCAUUAACAGUGGUGGGUCAUGUGACAGAAACCGAAACAGAUUCUGUGAAGAUUUGCAGAAAAAUAAAAGUGAAACGAAAUAAAGUACAAAUGAAAACAAAUGCUUUACAUAAGCUGUGUGCUGGCAGCAUUUCUUCAUAUCUGUUAUGGCUACAAUUCUUCUUAUCUUGUUUAAAGGAUUAGUAUAAGUUAGGGGUCAUGUGCCAGAAACUGGAAAACAUUCUAUGAUGACUCAAAAAAGAAGAGGGUAAAGAAAUAAGGUCAGAAAUAAUAAUAAUAGAAAUAAGAUACUAAAUAUUAUAAGAUUAUAUGCAAAUUAUAUGAUAAUAUUAAAUUCAAAGUGAAUAAUACUAAUCAAGAGAGAGCAAAUAUUGAAACUGGUGAAAUACAUUAUAGGGUUAAGAGAUUCUGCCAUUGGUGCAUACUCUCAGCGGCCCCUCCCCCUGAGAAAUAAGGAGGAAGUGACUGAUAUUAAGAAGAAAGGGAAGAGUUACCGAAAGCCUCCAUACCGGCUACUCAUCAGUAUGCUCACUUCAAAUGGCUAUCAUCGUGGAAAAAAAGAGGAAGAUUUUGCAGGGCAGAAACUCAGAUCUCUUCCUCCAGCUCUGCUCACGAAAGGUCAGGAUGCUGUCAAGGUUGACCUGCAGAGGAACAGGCUCAGACAGGUUACUGGCAUCUCUCGCUUGUCAAACCUGACAGAGCUCAAUCUGUCCAGGAAUGAGCUCAUCGAGUUUCCUCUGGAGAUCAGGCAGCUACGACGCUUGGCGAAACUGUACAUGAAUCAGAACAACAUCAAGAACAUACCUGAAGAUAUAUUCCCUUCGCUGGAGAAGCUCCAGUUCCUUAAGAUGAGCACAAACCGGCUUCUCAGGCUACCAUCAGACAUGAACAAAUGUCAGAGCCUCACAUACCUGAACCUGUCCAACAACAGCCUGAAGGAUCUGCAGCCUCUGGUGGGUCUACUUCGACUAAAAGAGCUCUAUGUGGAGAAGAACCAGUUGGCAGAGCUCCCGCGUGCCCUUUGUCAGUCCCAGGCUUUGGCUGUAUUCAAGGCCAACGGCAACCCGCUCAGAAUGCCUCCUGAGGAUAUCUGUGCGGGGGGUUUGAAGGACAUUCAAAACUAUUUUGUUAUGUUAGAAGACAGUUCCUGCAGUGUCUGCACCAUUAAAACAAUGUUCCUGGGAUCCUCCAUGGCAGGCAAGUCCACUCUGUGUCGCAGUCUGAUGCGUGGUUAUCCUGUGGAAGUGGCCGAAGCUGACCGUACUAUAGGUAUAGAAAUCCGUGAAGUUGAUCGGGAUGGAGUCCGAUUCCUCUUUUGGGACUUUGCAGGGCAAGAAGUGUACUACAUCACCCAUCACGUCUUCAUAACACCUCAGGCUUUUGUUAUCCUUGCUAUUGAUCUUUCCAGCUACGACACUGAGGAUCCCAAGUCUUUCAGUGAGAAAGUGGGCUUCUGGAUCAACAACAUCCAGCUCAAGGUUCCAAACUCAGUGGUCCUGUUAGUGGGCACUCACACUGACCAGUGCAAGGAUGCAAUGGAGGUGUUAGGAAAGAAGAACGACAUUGAGGAGAAAGUGAAGCAGAUGCUGUCAGAACGAAAAGAGAGCUUAGAGCAGCAAAGAAAGAACCUUGAGGAAUUAGAUGACCUCUCACUGUUUUCUGAACAAAUGAGUGACAUUGAGCGACUCACAGAGUACAAACUGAAGGUCCUUGAUCUUAUACCCCUUGACUGCACUAAGUAUGAGGACAUUGCGUGGUUGCAAGGCCACAUCAAGGAUUUGAUUUCAGAUAAAGACACAUUUCCUUUCAUGGAGCAGACACUGCCUCAGUGCUACCAGGAAGUAGAAACUGCUAUUCAAGGCCUUUUAGAUGAUGAUGUCAUUCCUCAACAUGGAAUAGUGACUCAAGAGGACCUCCUAUAUUACCUAAAUGACAGGCACAAGGAAUUGGACCACGAUAAGAUGAGGUUUAUUCUUCAGUAUCUGCACAGAAUUGGGAUCAUUAUGUGGUACAUGGAAAUCGUAGACUUGAAGGACAUGGUGUUCGUGAAACCAUCCUUCCUCAUCUCAUUGUUCAAGGCCAUUGUAAGACAUGACAUGGUCAGCGCGCUGGGAGCCAUUUCCAAUACAGUUCUGAAGUCGGAGAAUGCACUGCAGCUGCACAGGAACAGGUGGAUUCGUGACUUUGAGGAGAGGGCAACUCUGAGCAAUGUGGCCAUACAGAUCCUGGUACGUGAAGAACUUAAGAAAUCAGGCAUUGAUGACAUGGACCUGAUUGAGGACAUAGUUGGGACCAAGAAGAAGUCUGGGAACCUUCUCACUCUGCUACAGCACUUUGAGGUUUGCCUGCCGACCAAACCAAGUUUUAAACUAAACGCUACAGCCCAGGAGUUUUGUCCGAACAAAAAAUGGGCGCCAUCAAAUCCCUCUGUGUAUGAACCAGAUAAAGCCUGCCUGUUCCCCAGCUUCCUGACCAGCAAUAAGCAGGUCAGAGAGAUGUGGGGAGAGGACAAUAUGGAAGACAUCAAUGUUCAAGUUUACUUCCUACCUGAGAUACCUCAUGGCUUCUUCCACAGGCUUGUCAUAAAGAUAUGCUCCAUUUUCUCCCCCUACUGGAUUGGGAAAGAUCAAUGUCUGUUCUCCUGCGGCAACAGGCGGGUUCUGCUCAGAGAGCAUGUUAACGAUGGGGAUCAGUUUAUUGAGAUGCGAGGCAAGGACAGUGAUGUGCAAAACUCUUUGGACAUUCAGAAGGUGUGGGACAUAAUAAAGGUGAUAAUGAUGCGUCUGGCUCAGCUCACUCAGCAGUGGAGAGGACUGUGUCAGUUUGUGCACAGCCCAUGUAAAGAACGUGGAUGUUCAGAGUACUUUGAGUGGGGGGACUGGCAAGACUGGCUCGAUUCUUCAGGAUCUGAAAAAUUUAACAUGGUUUCAGAAGCAAAGCUGACUUGUCGAAAAGGACACACACGCAGGACUGAACUGCUGUUUCCAGUGAGCAGCUCUGUGGGUGUGAAAGACUGAAUUCACAUCUGCUUCCAAGCAAGCCACACAUGCUGCACUGUUGAAGAAGCACUUUUAUAGAUAGUAGUUAAUUCAUUUACUGUUAUGUACACAUUUACUGUUAAGACACAGAGCGAAACUACU